AUGCACUCGUACGGCAAACUCGACGAGGCGGAGCAAGCGAAGCUCGUAGCUCGCCGGAGAACCAGGAAGAGGAUCAUAAUCAUCGCCGUAUCCUCCGUCGCGCUCGCAUGCAUCGUCAUCGGAGCCGUCUUCGGAACGACGGCGGUGACUCACGCCGGGAAAAAGUCGCCGGAGAACGGUGGCGGGGACUCUAUCUCCGCCUCAGUCAAGGCCGUAUGUGACGUCACUCUCUACAAAGACACGUGUUACAGAACCGUUGGGUCUUCUCCUAACGCUACCCGUCUCACCCCUGAAGAGCUCUUCAAGAUCGCCGUCGAAUUCACCCUUGAAUCGCUCUCCAAGUCCGUCGCCAAAUUCUCCGGCGGCGGAAAGGAGAUGGCGGCGAUGGGAGCUUGCAAGGAGCUGAUCGAACUCGCGGUGGAGCAUCUCAACGAGACGGUGACGUCACUCGACGGGAAGAUGACGACGUCGUUAUCGGAGUUGGGGGAUGAUCUGAGGACAUGGCUUAGCUCUGUCGUGACGUACCAAGAGACAUGCGUCGAAGCAUUGCAAGAAACCACGGUGGAUCUGAAAACGUACGGAGAAACCAAUCUCAAGAACUCGACGGAGAUGACGAGCAACGCCUUAGCGAUCAUAACGUGGCUCACGAAAAUAUCCGACACGAUCAAACUGCGCCGCCGAAUGUUGUCUUGGGAGGAAACUGGAAGUGAAACGGCGAGUUUUGCGCGGAGAAUGUUACAGGAAAAGGAUUUGAGGACGAUGGCGAAUAUCGUGGUGGCGAAAGACGGGACGGGGAAUUACACGACGAUAGGUCGAGCGUUAGAGGACGUGCCGGAAAAGAGUAGCAACAAGACGAUAAUAUACGUGAAAGAGGGAGUGUACGUGGAGAAUGUGAAGGUCGAGAAUAGCAAAUGGAACGUUGUGAUGGUUGGUGACGGACAAGAUAAGACCAUUGUCUCGUUCGGACUCAACUUCGUCGAUGGAACUCCUACGUUUCAGACCGCUACAUUCGCUGUGUUCGGGAAGGGCUUCAUGGCUAGAGACAUGACCUUCCGAAACACAGCGGGUGCAGCCAAGCACCAGGCAGUAGCCCUAAUGGUAUCAGCCGACCUAUCAGCCUUCUACCACUGCACCAUGGACGCCUUCCAGGACACCCUCUAUGCCCUCUCGCAACGUCAGUUCUACCGCGAAUGCACCAUCCUCGGCACCGUCGAUUUCAUAUUUGGAAACUCGGCCGUCGUAUUCCAGAACUGCACUAUCCUCCCCAGACGCCCCAUGCCCGGCCAACAGAACACAAUAACCGCGCAAGGACGAACAGAUCCUAACCAAAACACUGGAAUCUCGAUCCACAAGUGUAGCAUCUCGCCUCUGGACAACCUUGGCGGUGUCCAAACUUUCCUUGGCCGGCCUUGGAAGAAUUUCUCGACCACUGUGGUGAUGAAAUCGUUCAUGGACGGAUUCAUUGAUCCGAGAGGGUGGUUGCCGUGGGUCGGAAACACGGCACCGGACACGAUUUUCUACGCCGAGUAUGGAAAUUUGGGAGCAGGAGCUUGGACGAAGAAUAGAGUUACGUGGAAAGGUGUGAGGACUUUCUUGACGAAGAAGGCAGCGAAUAAGUUCACUGUGAAACCCUUCAUCAAUGGCGAUAAAUGGUUGCCAGCUACUGGGUUUCCGUUCAAACCUGAUCUUUGAGUUUCUUUGUUCUGUUUUUUUUUCUCUUGGUCGGAAUUUAUUUUUUAAACUUUUUUUUUGGAUUAUCUUCUGAUUUGUGGUAUUGUUUUCGCUUGUGUGGUUUUGUUGUAAAACUUCAAAGAUUUGGUUCUUCUUCCCCUUUUGUCCUUGCAAAUUUGUUCAUGUUGUCA